AGAAGAGGACACGGAGAAAAUAAGUAACUUAAAACACCAAAGUGACUUUUCCAAACAACCUUUUGGAGUAAUUUCAGGCGUCAUUUUAACGUUUUCAAACUCACGUCCAAAUGUUCUGAGAGCAGAUCGCAGCGUCACAUGGAGGCUGUUGUAAAGAACUUGGAGCGGACCAUGGAGCUACUCGCUGUGUCGCAGACAGAGACGGUGCAGCGGUGGGACAAACAAACCCUGGACAGAGCCUUCCAAUGGACUCAGUACUGCGAACACGUCUACACAAGGUUCCAUGCAAAUCCAACCGUCAGGGACAUCUUGGAAAAACAACUACAGGUGACAAACGAAAGUUUACGAACAACUUUUCAGGGGUAUACGGACUUCACGUUUUCUGACCUGUCGCAGUGUCAACACUUGCUGCUUGUGGGGUUACUAAACAACGCCGCUGUUCCGAGCUCAGUCAUCAAACUACUUUUCGACACUAGAACGGUUGGAGGUAAAUCUAAGGACGCCACCGGUCAUUGCACUGAGCUCAUAGAAGUGAAAUCAGCACGUAAAGUUUUAAGCGCCAUUUAUUUGAAACGCAGUACGUCCUUUCCUGGUCCGGAUGUUGACGUCAUAGGCAUGACACUGAUGGAGAUAUUGGAUACCCUGCUCUCUCCAGCUUCUGGCGUGUCCAAGGUGGGCCUAGCAGAGAAGUUAUUGGACAACAUCUUACAAACCUGUGGUGAAAAUGAAAUCUUCUCAGGAGUCGUUGCUGCUGCUCUCCUGUCAAGGAAACACAACAAAACAGCAACAACGGCAGCAGCAACAACAACAAAAAUGGUUUCAGAAGGAGUUUCAUUAGACUUUAUCCUGGUUUGGCUCCAGCAACACUACAGUUUACUCCAGCAUAUGUGUUCCACGUUGCCUAUUGGACUUUUGAUGGACCUCUACCAGCAGUCUGUGAGAUUUAGAGUGACCUACCGUGACAUGUUGAAGCAAUGGGGGUCACAGUUGGAGUAUGACAUGGGAGAAGGAGAGUGGGUUCAAAUGUAUACCACCGACGGGGUGUCGUUCAAGACACUGUCUGACCAUUAUAGGUCGUUACUAGGGGCUUGUCCGUCAACAAAGGAGGACGUUGAGAGAGAGCUGACAGAACUGAAGGUUGCCGAUGGGGACUUUGAUGUUGGAGGUCUGAGUGUUUGGGGUGACCUCCUCUCAGAGCUGAACAAGGUCUGAGUGUUUGGGGUGACCUCCUCUCAGAGCUGAACACGGUCUGAGUGUUUGGGGUGACCUCUCAGAGCUGAACACGGUCUGAGUGUUUGGGGUGACCUCCUCUCAGAGCUGAACACGGUCUGAGUGUUUGGGGUGACCUCCUCUCAGAGCUGAACACGGUCUGAGUGUUUGGGGUGACCUCCUCUCAGAGCUGAACAAGGUCUGAGUGUUUGGGGUGACCUCCUCUCAGAGCUGAACAAGGUCUGAGUGUUUGGGGUGACCUCUCUGAGCUGAACAAGGUCUGAGUGUUUGGGGUGACCUCCUCUCAGAGCUGAACAAGGUCUGAGUGUUUGGCGGUGACUCCUCUCAGAGCUGAACAAGGUCUGAGUGUUUGGGGUGACCUCCUCUCAGAGCUGAACAAGGUCCGAGUGUUUGGGGUGACCUCUCAGAGCUGAACAAGGUCUGAGUGUUUGGGGUGACCUCUCAGAGCUGAACAAGGUCUGAGUGUUUGGGGUGACCUCUCUGAGCUGAACAAGGUCUGAGUGUUUGGGGUGACCUCUCAGAGCUGAACAAGGUCUGAGUGUUUGGGGUGACCUCUCAGAGCUGAACAAGGUCUGAGUGUUUGGGGUGACCUCUCAGAGCUGAACAAGGUCUGAGUGUUUGGGGUGACCUCUCAGAGCUGAACAAGGUCUGAGUGUUUGGGGUGACCUCUCAGCUGAACAAGGUCUGAGUGUUUGGGGUGACCUCUCAGAGCUGAACAAGGUCUGAGUGUUUGGGGUGACCUCUCAGAGCUGAACAAGGUCUGAGUGUUUGGGGUGACCUCUCAGAGCUGAACAAGGUCUGAGUGUUUGGGGUGACCUCUCAGAGCUGAACAAGGUCUGAGUGUUUGGGGUGACCUCUCAGAGCUGAACAAGGUCUGAGUGUUUGGGGUGACCUCUCAGCUGAACAAGGUCUGAGUGUUUGGGGUGACCUCUCAGAGCUGAACAUGGUCUGAGUGUUUGGGGUGACCUCUCAGAGCUGAACAAGGUCUGAGUGUUUGGGGUGACCUCUCAGAGCUGAACAAGGUCUGAGUGUUUGGGGUGACCUCUCAGAGCUGAACAAGGUCUGAGUGUUUGGGGUGACCUCUCAGCUGAACAAGGUCUGAGUGUUUGGGGUGACCUCUCAGAGCUGAACAAGGUCUGAGUGUUUGGGGUGACCUCUCAGAGCUGAACAAGGUCUGAGUGUUUGGGGUGACCUCUCUGAGCUGAACAAGGUCUGAGUGUUUGGGGUGACCUCCUCUCAGAGCUGAACAAGGUCUGAGUGUUUGGGGUGACCUCUGAGCUGAACAAGGUCUGAGUGUUUGGGGUGACCUCCUCUCAGAGCUGAACAAGGUCUGAGUGUUUGGCGGUGACCUCCUCUCAGAGCUGAACAAGGUCUGAGUGUUUGGCGGUGACCUCCUCUCAGAGCUGAACAAGGUCUGAGUGUUUGGCGGUGACCUCCUCUCAGAGCUGAACAAGGUCUGACUGUUUGGGGUGACCUCCUCUCAGAGCUGAACAAGGUCCGAGUGUUUGGGGUGACCUCUCAGAGCUGAACACGGUCUGAGUGUUUGGGGUGACCUCUCAGAGCUGAACACGGUCUGAGUGUUUGGGGUGACCUCUCUGAGCUGAACAAGGUCUGAGUGUUUGGGGUGACCUCUCAGAGCUGAACAAGGUCUGAGUGUUUGGGGUGACCUCUCUGAGCUGAACAAGGUCUGGGUGUUUGGGGUGACCUCUCUGAGCUGAACAAGGUCUGAGUGUUUGGGGUGACCUCUCAGAGCUGAACAAGGUCUGAGUGUUUGGGGUGACCUCUCUGAGCUGAACAAGGUCUGCGUGUUUGGGGUGACCUCUCAGCUGAACAAGGUCUGAGUGUUUGGGGUGACCUCUCAGAGCUGAACAAGGUCUGAGUGUUUGGGGUGACCUCUCUGAGCUGAACAAGGUCUGAGUGUUUGGGGUGACCUUCUCUCAGAGCUGAACAAGGUCUGAAAUGUUAGUUAUCUAAAAACGUGUAAAACAUAGUCUGUUGCCAUCAGUUGAGACACAACAUGCUCUUGAAUACAGAGUGACACAACAUGCUCUUGAAUACAGAGUGACACAA